AGGCUGUGUGAGCGAGAAGAGCAAGACGCGAUGAAUAUGGCUGGGUGUAGGAUGAGAGCUGUAGCCGAACAACUGGGGGCUUUAUGGGCUCGGAGCAGCAAACGCGGCGGGUGUUCCGUGUGUGCAUACAGUACUGCUGCUCAGCAGAGAAGUGCUGGAGACCAGACUACCGUUGAUGAUAGCACAAUGGACAACCAGCAAUCGUAUGCUGUGCGGGCUCUAGAAAAGAAAGCACUCAAACUGGAGGAGGAAGUUCGGGAUUUAUCUGAGCGCUACAAGAGAGCUCUGGCUGACUCUGAAAAUGUCAGGAAAAGGACCCAGAAGUUUGUCGAGGAUGCAAAACUAUUUGGCAUCCAAAGCUUUUGCCGUGACCUGGUGGAGGUGGCUGACAUCAUUGAGCAGGCAGUGGAGAAGGCCACAAAAGAAGGAAUAAGGGAUAUGUCCGUAGUUUUGUCCCAGCUGGAUGGGAAACUCCAAGGUGUGUUCAUUAAGCAUGGACUUCAGAAAAUGACCCCACUGGGAGGCGAAUAUGACCCAUACGACCAUGAAAUAGUUUGCCACGUGCCUGCCGAAGGGAAGAAGCCGGGCAGCAUUGCAACCAUUUCAUUGGAUGGCUACAAACUCCAUGGCCGUACCAUUCGACAUGCACAUGUUGGAAUAGCAGUGGAGACCCAUGAAUGACAGAUGAUUUGACUGCCAACAAACACCACCUGUGUUAGCCUAAAAGACUCCUUUAUUUAUUGAAUGAUUUUCAAAUGUAUGUACGUUUUGUGGGCUCUCUUAACCUAAAUGCUAAGGUUAUUGCCCAGGGCUGCCUUAUUUCAUCCAGAAAAGAAAGAUCAGUGUUGCUAGUGCUUGGUGUACAAGACUGAAACUGGGUGUGCUUUUAGGUUACAGAGAAUACAAAUGUUUUUGUUCUCUUUAUAUGUUGUCUGUGUUAAAAGUAUUUAUUGUUUUCUUACUCUGAAAAGCUGGUGCAGCAAAUAAUAGGCUGCCUGUUUAAUAUAUAUUUGUAAAUAGUUCUAUAAUUACAGACUGUACAUGAAGCAUAGGUUAGACUAUAUUGCAAUAUUUCCAAAUCUUUAUAUAAUGGUUCUUAUAACUUUUGCAGAAAUUGAUAUAUUAAAAUCACAUUUUCUUCUUUA